AUGGAAUACCAACACCUAGGAAAAAGCGGCCUCAAGGUCUCAAGAAUAAUCCUAGGCUGCAUGACAUACGGCAAUCCCAACUGGGAAGGCUCACCCUGGGUACUAGACGAAGAGAAAUCCCUCCCACUGAUAAAAAAGGCCUACGACAUGGGAAUCAACACCUUCGACACAGCAAACACCUACUCGAACGGAGUCUCAGAAACCAUCCUUGGCAAAGCCCUUACCAAAUACUCAAUCCCACGAAGCCGAGUCGUGAUCAUGACAAAACUCUACUAUCCUGUCCUCGAAGACGAUCUAGACGCACGACCAAACCCAGCAGUCAACGACGGCCCACUGGUGAAUCAAAUGGGCCUAAGUCGAAAACACAUCUUCGAUGCCGUGGACGGAUCCCUACGUCGACUGAAUACAGAGUACAUCGAUGUCCUGCAGCUGCACAGACUCGACACUGAAACACCUCCCGAAGAGAUAAUGCGCGCUCUUCAUGACCUGGUUCAGAUGGGGAAAGUGCGAUACCUGGGUGGGUCGAGUAUGCACUGCUGGGAAUUCGCACGUUUGCAAUAUAUAGCAAAGAUGAACCAUUGGACAUCCUUUGUUAGUAUGCAAGGACUAUAUAACCUACUGUAUCGGGAAGAAGAGAGGGAAAUGAACCCAUUCUGCGAAGCCGAGGGCGUGGGCUUGAUUCCGUGGAGUCCGUUGGCGCGUGGGUUGUUGGCUCGGUCGUGGAAUGAGCUUUCUGCGCGAGCCGGCCAGGAUGAGAAAACUAAGAAGUGGUUUGUUGGAGGGCAGAAUGAGGAGAUUGUUCGUCGUGUUGGGGAGUUGGCUAGGAAGAAGGGGUGUGAGAUGUGGGCGCUUUCCAUCGCUUGGUUGUUGCGUAAGGGGGCUUGUCCUAUUGUUGGGCUGAAUAGUGAGAAGCGGAUUGAGGGGGCUCUUGAGGCUCUUGAUGUUCAGUUGUCGCGGGAGGAGAUGGAAUCAUUGGAGGAGCCGUAUCAGCCAUUGGCUGUUCAAGCAAUUUGA